UCCCCUUUCCUCUAGACUUCUCUGCAUCCUUCUCGCCCUUACCCCCCACCCUUCCCUGGGCUCCCCAGAUCGCCGCCUGCCUGCAGCUCACUCUGGGACCGGCCCUUCUCGGCUUCCCUCUUCCCUAGGGAGAUGCGAUGAGCCGGUGCCCCCGCGUCCUCCUCACCGCCCCGGGCACGCUGCCCGUCCAGUGCCCGUGGUGGGGAGGGAGGACCUCGCGGUCCCUCCGUGACGCCCCUCCCUUAGCCCCCCCCUCAGCUGGCGUCCCUGGGCCAUGCCCCAGGGGACCCAGCCAGGGGGUGGGCUCUAGAACAAGGGGCGUGGAGAGGAGAAAGGACGCGGCCUUGGGCGCCUCUGAGAUGCUCCCAAGCGCCUGGUGGGGCCGAGUGAGGCGCAGGCAUCCGGGCGGCAGGCAUGAUGCCCUCGCCUAGUGACUCGAGCCGCUCACUGACCAGCCGGCCCAGCACCCGGGGCCUAACCCACCUUGGCCUCCAGCGGCCCUGGCUGCAGGCCCUGCUCACGCUGGGGCUGGCCCAGGUGCUCCUGGGCAUCCUGGUGGUCACCUUCAGCAUGGUGGCCUCCUCCGUCACCAUCACCGAGAGCAUCAAGAGGUCCUGCCCGUCUUGGGCUGGGUUCUCGAACCUGCUGUUCAGCGUCUGUGGGCUCACUAUCUGUGCUGCCAUCAUCUGCACCCUCUCUGCGAUUGUCUGCUGUGUCCAGAUCUUCUCCUUAGACCUUGUACAUACGCUGGCCCCAGAACGCUCCGCCUCUGGCCCCCUGGGGUCCCUGGCUUGCACAGCCUCACCCCCAGCCCCUCUCCUACACACCAUGCUGGACUUGGAGGAGUUUGUACCGCCUGUGCCCCCACCACCCUACUACCCCCCGGAGUACACCUGCAGCUCAGAAACUGAUGCACAGAGCAUCACCUACAAUGGCUCCAUGGACAGUCCUGUGCCCUUGUACCCUACAGACUGUCCCCCAUCCUACGAGGCCGUCAUGGGGCUCCGAGGAGACAGCCAGGCCACACUGUUUGAUCCUCAGCUGCAUGAUGGGUCCUGCCUCUGCGAACGAGUGGCCUCCAUUGUAGAUGUGUCCAUGGACAGCGGCUCUCUGGUGCUGUCUGCCAUCGGUGACCUCCCCGGGGGCUCCAGCCCAUCCGAGGACUCGUGCCUGCUGGAGCUGCAAGGCUCUGUGCGCUCCGUUGACUACGUGCUCUUCCGCUCCAUCCAGCGCAGCCGCGCCGGCUACUGUCUCAGCCUGGACUGCGGCCUGCGGGGCCCCUUUGAGGACAGUCCCCUGCCCCGGCGGCCCCCGAGGGCCGCCCGCUCCUAUUCCUGCUCUGCUCCCGAGGGCCCACCUCCUCUGGGCGCACCCACAGCUGCCCGCAGCUGCCACCGCCUGGAGGGCUGGCCUCCCUGGGUGGGCCCCUGCUUCCCGGAGCUGAGGCGGCGGGCACCCAGGGGAGGUGGCCGCCCUGCAGUAGCCUCAACAGCUGUGACGGCAUCAGCAGCCGCGGCGGCGGUGCCCCCCACGCGAGCUCCCACCCGGCGCUUCAGCGACAGCUCAGGUUCCCUCACCCCACCGGGGCACCGGCCACCUCAUCCGGCUCCCCCUUCACCGCUGCUGCUACCGCGGUCCCACAGCGACCCGGGCAUCACCACCUCCAGCGACACUGCUGACUUCAGGGACCUCUAUACCAAAGUGCUUGAGGAAGAAGCUGCUUCUGUUUCCUCUGCAGAUACAGGGCUCUGCUCCGAAGCCUGCCUCUUCCGCCUUGCCCGCUGCCCUUCUCCCAAGUUGCUACGUGCCCGCUCAGCUGAGAAACGACGCCCUGUGCCCACCUUCCAGAAAGUUCCACUGCCCUCAGGUCCGGCACCUGCCCACUCCCUGGGGGACCUGAAGGGCAGCUGGCCAGGCCGCGCCUUGGUCACUCGUUUCCUCCAGAUGUCCAGAAAGGCCCCAGACUCCACUGGGACUGGAGCCCAUGGACCUACUAAGCAGGUGCCCAGGAGUGCCUGGGGCCGCCCAGGCCGCGAGAGCCUGCACCUGCGCAGCUGUGGUGAUCUCAGCUACGGCUCCUCCCUGCGGCGCCUCCUCUCUGGCCGCAGGCUGGAGCGGGGCACUCGCCCCCACAGCCUGAGUCUCAAUGGUGGCAGUCGGGAGACUGGGCUCUGACCCGAGCUUCCUGUCACUCUAAACAGGCCCAGGUGAUUGAUUGCUGGGGGCCACCAGGCACCAGCAGCCUCCAUGCCCCCUUGCACUGGCUAGCACAAAAAUCUGCUGUAUACCACCCCACCACCGCCACCAAAAGGUCCCUUUUCCUGCACCCUUUGGGGGCUCCUGCUGCUUGCCUCUGCCCCUCUGGACUGGGGGUUUGGGACCAGGGUGGGCUGUGUGGAGAUUGGGGCUGCGGGAUGUGCGGGUGGGAAAGGAGGCAGGUGCCCUUGUUUACAGCACUGCAGGAGGGAAAUGCAAACUCCUGUCCUUGCAGUCUGGGCGUGGCCCUUUGGGAUGAACAGGCACACUCCAGCCUCUGUGGAGAUAGGUAGGGUGGGUGUGCCCAUAGGACAGGGUGGUGAGGCAGGCCUAGGGAGGCUGACAUCUGGGCAGCCUCUCUGCCCCCUCUAGCUGCAUGAACUCAGGCAAGUUAUUUAACCUCAAUUGCCUAAUCUGUAAAACAUGGUGAAGAUGAAUGUUUGUAAAGCUCUUACCUCCUAAAUAAGCCUUCAAUAAAUUUCAACUUUCCCCUUC